AUGCGCUACGAAGAACUCGACAUUCUGAUCUUUCCGGGCGGUCAUGAUGGUACCGGACAUAUUCCAACGCAAGAGUUCAAAGUGUCGUGCUGUGCUGUGCAUGACCCGAACCCUCAUCCUUGUGGCCCGACCAUCAUACCCGUGAUGACCUCCUUUAUUGCGAGCUUGCAACCCGGCGACCCUUUUCAAGUCUCCAUCCACUCCUGGGGCAAACGCAAGUUCUUCUUCGACUCGAACGCUCGCAGCGAUGAUCGCCUUCAGACUCAAGUCUGGCACGCGCAGGUCAUGGUCGAUGGAAUUUUGCAGAGCGUCGAAGUCUUCGACCCCAAUAUUCAGUGGCCGAAGGUGAUUGCGCACAGCAAUACGCACACCAUGCAUGGCGCAGCACUCCUCCAGUUUCCUCCAUUCCAUCGCUCAACCAUGUCGCAGACAGCAUGGAACGCGCUGGAUGAGACUGGACGUAUCAAGGUGGUGGUCUCGGAGGGAUGGCUCAGGAAUGAUGGGAAGUCUUUUCACAAGUUGGCAACUCAUGCCAUUUUCAACUUCCAGCCGGCUCCGCUUGGUAUGUUGCUGCAGCAUUAG